AUGGAUCCCAAACCUCAUCGUCGUCCCCGUCCUCAUCAGCCCUCUACACUACAGCGAUUCCGUCGCAAACACUGCUACCGGCGUCCGACGAGCCCGCACUCUCCAGACAUCCACCGCGUCCUCGAUGCCACAAUGGGCAACUCACAAUCGCAUGGCUACUCCGAGUUCGUCUCCUCCGACAACCACCGCCGGGGCCGGUCCUCCCACCGUCGCCGCCGCUCAGGAUCUCACUCCAUCCCUCCUGCGGCGCCCUCUCCACCACCAGCAUACCACGAAUACCCCGUGCCUCGCAGCCCACCUCGCACGACCCGCACCACGCCAGGAGGCUAUACAUAUACCACGCGCGACCUAUCGCCGAUCCGCGAGCGUCGUCCUAGCCCCAUCCGACGAACAUCUCUGCCUCCAUCGCGCCGCGAGCCACGACGGAUCUACGUUACCCGCACGCGAGACGAUCCAGAUGUCUUCAUGACCGGCGCUCGUCUGCCAUCCAGCUCUCCACCACCGGGAAGACGAGCUGGAGCCGCAAGCCCUUCUCGGCGAAGAGUCUAUGUCGACGACCCUUUCGAAGGCCCAUCAUCCCGCGCUGGAGGCCCCUCCACAUUCUAUGACCGCCCCGACACUAAUAGUUUCCGUCCUCGGCGUGAUUUCGACACCGGUUUUGGUAUUGGUGCCGGACCAUCGUACACCCGCAGCGGCGGUGGAGGUCUACACGAACGUCCUCGACGUACGUUCUCCUCCUCUGGCCCUAGCUACAGCUACAGCUACAGCGCUGGGCCCAGUAACCGGUACAGAGACCAGCAUUACCCCGGCUCAGGGUACAGACCGGACCGUGGAUCAUGGUACGCGCACCUUUUUCAGGUUCUCCUGCAUCAUCUCCCACCCCAUUUUGCGUGCGAGUUCCCAGUAUGA